AUGGCAGACGUAAGGCCGCCACCCCUCCGGAGCCUGGAUGAUUUUCUCCUGAGCUCGGCCCGGUUCGCCGUGCCCGAUGUCCGCGACCUGGACCGCUGGAACAACCGCAUCAUCAAUAACCUGCUGUACUACCAGAGCAACUAUUUCCUGUCUGCGCUAGGCUUCCUCUUCAUAGUGGGGUAUUUCCAGCCGUUCCAGCUGUUUGUUGGGGCAGUGGUGGUCACCUUGUUGUUCCUGGGCUUCGUCUGGACGGCCGAGAACCAAGCCCCCGUUCGCCGUUUCCGUAGAAACCACCCAUCUAUCUGUGUGUUGGUCAUUCUUCUGGCGAGUUACCUCUUCAUAUCGGUGCUGGGAGGCGUUGCUGUGUUCCUGUUUGGAAUAGCCUUCCCUGUACUGAUGGUUCUGGUCCAUGCGUCGGUGAGACUACGCAGCCUGAAGAACAAGCUGGAGAACAAACUGGAGAGCAUCGGUUUGAAGAGGACACCCAUGGGACUCCUGUUAGAGGCCUUGGGACAGGAACAGGAAGCUGGAUCCUAGAGAGGAAGAGGAGGAGGAGGAGGAGAAGAAGUUGUGCAGGGGUGGAGGAGAGGUUGGGUCCAAUCACAGAAAAUGAAGGUGAAGAAGUGGAUGGGAAAUAGGAAGAGGAGAGGAGAAACAUAGAGAGCAAAGGGUGGUUUGGUUUGUUAAAAACGAGUCAUCACAUGUUAGUGAAGGAAGAGACUGUGGUCCAAACAGAACAGAAAUCAUCAUGAAUAGUUUAAAUCAUCCCUGCUUGUUUCUUGCCAAACGUUGCACUUUAAUCAAACAUUGUUUAGUUUCUUUUCUUCUUUUAUUUUGACAUGACACCUUUUUGUGUGUUUGCACGUCAUGUGUAGUAUUGUAGGCUAGUCUGGAGUGUGCUCUGCUUUCUGCUGAGCGUCUUCAUAUGACAGAUUAGUAGUUUCCAGCAUUUUUGGCUGGUGACACUUUAAAAUGAAGGAAUGUUUUCUUGUGGCCGCUCGUCACACGCUGUAUAUGCUGACCAGUGUUUCAUCUGGAUGAUGUUUAGAGAAGAGGUAAAAUGAUCAAGUAAUUCAUAAAAAAAAGUUACCAGAAAAAGCCUGUAAAAAAUUCACAAUUAUAUUAAGCAGAUAUAUUUUCUUUCUGAUAAUAAAAACGUCUUCACCUUGGAUUUCUAACAUGAGAGAAAAAAGUGCGACAUUUCAGAAAUAGUUAUUUAAAUGUUACAAGAAUAAAGCCAUAAGGUGACUAGUAACGCGCCAGCAGCUCAUUACUGCAGCGCUCUGGCUCAGACAGUCAUGGAGUCCUGGUCUCUGGUCUCCUCGGCUCAGCUCCUGCAGGAAAACAAACUCCGCUUUAGAACAUGUUUGGUUAUAAACGUAUGUUAUGCAACUGGUUUUAUUUCAAAAUCUAUAAGAAUAACACACUUAUUGGUAAAACAAAACUACACAAGUUAAGGCCAUAAACAUCAGCGUGAUGGUUAAAACUGACUGGAUUGUUUAUAGCAAUGGAUUAAGAUCCUGUUAUUUUACAACUUCAUUCUUCAAAUGUUACAACUUUAUUGAAAUAUUCUGACUCUGAAAUUACAACUUUGUCCUUACUUCAAGAAUUAUGAUGUUAUAUAAAAAUCUAAAUUUAGUUUUCAAAUAUUACAUUUCUUUUAAAAUUACAACUUUUUUUUAAAAGUUACAGCUGUAAUUUAAAAUAUUAUUCUUCUCUAGCUUUAGUCUUGAGAUAUUAUGAAUUUUUCUUUUAAAAUUAUGAGUCUUCUAAAAAAAAAGUUACAACUUGAUUCACAAAAAGUUAUGACUCUUCUCAAACCAUUUGGACUUCACACUUGAAAUCUCAGAUUUGUUCCUCCCAGUGGCCACAAUACUUCCACACUUCAUAUGCACAACAAUGGAAAACCAAAGUAUUGUAAUACCAACAGACUUUAUAUUAUACACAAGGAACAGAGCGACAUGCAAGUAAAUAUGUCCAUACUGGAAAUACAGAAUACAAGGACAACAAAGUAUCCAACAGGUCCGUUACAGCUACAGAAACGUAUAACACACAUACUGUAAGAUUUAAGCUUGUGUGUGUUACUACUUACCUGCAGUGUCUUCAUUUGAAAAGGAUCAGAUGGAGAUUAUACAUUUUAUUGGUAAAACUACACCUGCAUUAACUGACCUCAAAUGAAUUUCUCUUUCAUUUAGUGUUUCCAUUAGUUUGUGACUUAAAUGCUUACAUGAGCUUAAGGUUGAGGUUUUAUAUGAAGAGCAAGUUCAGAACAAAUGUCAUCAGCUCCUUCAGUCUCAGGCGCUUUGAGCUUCACAGAGUUGAUUCAGGUCUAGUGGGAGAAGAAGGAAACUGAAGGAACCUGUUUCAAAACUAACCCUUUUAGUUUAGUAAGUCUGUAUUCAUCCAGGAGAAAAGGCUUCACUCAGACAGCUGCCUCUUCCACUCCCUCACUGCUGGUCGGUGGGAUCUGCCCAGUGCUAACAACUGGGAGAAGCUUUAACUGUAGCUAUUGAAUCACUUUGAAUUUGCCCUUAAUUCCUUUAUAACGUAAAUCCUUGUUACCACAAACCAAUAGAGUUUGUUGGUAGUUGUGCCAACACUUGUGGUAACUGCAGUUUGUAAUUCUCCCCUUGUAAUUUAGCUGUUUUUAGCCGCAUUCCUUAUAAUUUACUCUUGUUUUUAGCCACACCGGCGGCGUGGCUGUUGGACUGGCAGCUUCGGUGGAUCAGUCCAUUAUUCUGGUCCAGCAGAUGAAUCCUGUUGACUGUUUAUCCCCUGACUUUUCAUCUAGCUCCACCAACAGGUCACAGUUUUUAUUUACUCAGUGAAAUAUCUCUGAAAGACCGAGUAGAGAGCCGAUCACGUCAUCAUGUCUGGCCUGUGCUCCACUAGCUUCUGUAGCCAAAUGAAUCCUGUUCUAGGGAGUUCACUGGGGUUCAUAUUCCAAGAUAAACUGGUAUCUACUACAGAACUCACCAGUCAGGAUUCAUUCACAAUUAAUUGUUAAGCAUAUAAAAACACUACCGCUUCCACAGUAUCCACCAGUGCUCUCUUCUAAUGUAGUUUUUCAUUACACAUGUCUAAACUAACUAAGACUCGAUUCACCAUGGAUGGUGUCGUGUCAGGCUGGUGAUGUUUAACCUGUGAUGGCCUAAGCAUUAUGGGAAAUGGUGUUCUUUAAAGCUGAGUGAAACAGAAAUAUUACCGUUAUGUCAUUAAAAUCGCCAUCCUUAUGUAGAUGGACUGAACCACAUGACAUUACUGCUGUUGCAGGGCUUUUUAUUAUAAAUGUUAGUAUGAUUUUUCAUAAUUUUCUUAUUUCCAGAACUACGACUGAACCCUUAAGUUCUGGUUUCAAGGACAUUCCUAUGAUCCAAUUGAAACCUGGGAUUGAAACCCUCCCUAAACUUUAACACAUUGGACCACUUCAGUGUUUGCAGACUGUCGUUCAGUGUGAUGUAUAGAUGGUUCCCGCUUUGUGGAACCUGAUGACGGAUGUUUUUUGAAGAAAGAUAAAUAAAAGCCACUCCUGUGUUGUUCUUAUGAAGGAAGGAAAAUGUUGAAAACACUUUUUAUGCUCAUGUCAGCAGUGAUACAGUAAAUAGUUUUGCACUAGAGACUGACUGUGCUCAGUGAAGGUGUUUGACCGACUGAGAGCUGUUGUAUUGAAUAUCAGCUGCCUCUAAACAUCUGUAAGUGUUAAAUCUAUUGCCUCUGCAGUAAUACAUGUUUGUAAGAGGGGCUCCUACUCUAAAACAGUUUAAGAUGGUGACAAGUUGUUGUUUUUAUGUAUGUGGUUUUGAUUAUUAAUCAUGUUUACUAUGAAAGAGUCUGUUAGCAUCAGUGCCCUGAAGAAACAAAUGACGCUCUAAGAAGAUUAUUUAUAUUGUGCACUUUUGAUAUUUGCCUUGUAUAGUUAUGUUUUAGACAUUUAGUUGACAUGCCUGUCUGUAUUUAAUGCUCUGCAGGCAGGGGACAUGGCUGUUAGGGGCCCUGAACAUGUGACCCCUUGGUCUGUCCUGUUAGUGGUUUGUCUUACAUUACAACACAAAGUCAGGAAAAAUACAGAUCAGAGAGAAAUGUCUUUGGUCUGAAUACCAGAAUGUAAACUGAGAGGAAACUUUUCUGCAUGACUGUGCACAUUUAACUUAUUUUACAGUUUUACAGUGUCGCCUUCCAUUCAGCACAGUGUUUGAGUUUUGAUUUACCAACAUGUGUCUUUGACCAUUCACCAAGAGCUGGUAAUUAAAUUAAUUUGAAAAAUUUAUCUAAAUAAAAUAAAA